AUGAAGGAAAUUGCCUUCUUUCUGUUGCCGCUGGGGGGUCUCCUGGCGUUUCUCUUGUGCCUGCCGAUCCAGUGGCUACAGCGCGCCUGCAUUUCCUUCUCCUCUCUGCAGCUGUCCCUCGGCCGGCGGGUUUCGCUCCGUCUCUCAGCCAUCUUCUUCCUCUACUCGCUCCUGCGCUUCGUCCACACCUGCAUGCGCGUCGCGCGCGACGCAGCUCCCCAAGCCCUGGGGUCUCCAGGCCUCCCGCCCCUCGGGGCCGCGCACUCCCCUGCGACAGGCUUUUCGCUGGAUGUGCGGCGGCAGGCGCAAGUGUUGAGGCACCAGCGAAACUUCUGGAUCACACUCUCGGCGGUGUUCGUCUGGCUCUUCGUUUGGUGGCUAGCCAAACUGCUAGGGUGGUACUGGUGCUCACUGGAGGCGAAGCAAAAGGAAGUCGACACGCUCAAAGAAGAAGUCAGGCGCGCGACGGAGGCACCGCGGCCCGCACGGCCGAGAAGCGACGAGCCGCCGGCAGGCGAGGCUCUCGAGCAAACGAAAAGCGGUCCUGAAGAGGUGGAGCUGACCACGGUCGAGAGACGGAAGGCAGACUCCAACGCAGAGAAGGAAACGGACGCCCACACAGAGAGCGGCGAAACGCGACAGCGACUGUGCAAAAAAGCAGAUGCUCGAACUCUGGGCCUACUCGACUAA